ACAUCACUAAAAUCCUAGAAGGGUAACAUAUUACUUUUGAAAGACCAUAUGGAUAAGUCUGCCACUGACUUGUAACCAUGAUCCAGUUGUUUCCCUUCUCAGGAUCUGUUUAUCUGCAAUUGAUUUCUAAGAUAUCUUCCAACUCCAAUAUUCUAUAAUUCUGUGAAAUCCUUCCAGUUCUAAAACAGAAUGUCCCAAAAGGAAAUAAAUACAUGAGAGGAAAGGUGCAGUCAGAAAGAAUGAAUGAGAAGCAAAGCGAGGGCUGUGUGGAGGGAGGGUGGCUGGCUGGCUGGAGGGAUGUGUCCUCUGGUGGGUGGGGCUAUGCCCUGGGCUGCAUGUGUGUAUUGGUCUCUGACCUCCAGAAACCAAGGCUAUGGGGAGUCAGAAGCUUGGAGGGUCCAGGAUCUCUGGGCAAACUUCUUAUACUGUCUUGUUACUGCCACUGGAGACCAAUUGCCAGGAUCCUGGAGCACUGACCUUCUUCCUUUGGGUGAGCUCCAAGGGAUGCGUGCCAUAGAGAGAGAGCAGGAUGCCCUGUGGCAGGGGCUGGAGCUAUUGGAAAAGAGCCAAGCUUGGUAUAGAGCGAGUCUAAAGGAGGCUCAGAGAUGGCAGCUGCAUCUGGGAAAUCUUGGUGAGAAUUUCCAUUCAGAGCCCAGGGCCUCCCUCCUGGCCCAAAUUCAGAAAAUGAACAACUGCCUGAAGAGUCUGGCACAGGAGAAGGUGUUGAUAAAACCACAAGAACACAAGCUGGCCGCCCAGCCUGAAGAAGCUAUUCCACUGGGCCAGAUGAGAAGGCAGAGGGGUCCUACCCUAGUCUAAGGACCUUUUCCAUCCACACUUUGGUUGAUGAGAGAAGACUGCUAGAAAUCCACUACCUUCCUCUGACCCCAUUCUUGCCCAAAAUUGAAAUGACUUUGCUUGGCAAAUGUAUAGAUAUUCCUACUUCUCAGGCCUCACAUGGCAGAGAAAAAUUAUUAAAGUUUCUUCCUAACUGU